CCUCCCCCAUCUCCCCUUCCCAGCUUUCUCGCUCCAGCUCCUCCCCGCCUCCAGCCCGCUCCCCUCCCCCCGGCCGCCGAGCUCCAUCUCCGCAGUCCCGGCCGCGGGGCGCAGAGGCUGCCGCAGCCCCCGGGGCCGCUGCCGCCUCCCCCGACCCCGAGACCCAUUGUCUGCAGCCUCCCCCGCACCCCGUGACUAUGGCGCACGAAGCCGGGAGGACCUCUCGUCUCGGGGGGCCCUGCGGGGAGCCCGCGGAGCUUGGAGGUGAUGCUAGCGAGGACGACCACCCCCAAGUCUGUGCCAAGUGCUGCGCACAGUUCUCCGACCCAGCCGAAUACCUAGCGCACCAGAACGCAUGUGCCACGGAUCCCCCCGUCAUGGUGAUACUUGGGGGCCAAGAGAACCCCAACAACUCUGCGACGUCUUCUGAACCCCGGCCCGAAGGUCACAGUAGUCCCCAGGGCAUGGAGACCGAGCACAGCAACCUCCCGGAGUCUGGGACCUCAGGACCCACCGAGCCCACCUGGGCCACAGAGCGCAGGGAAGAGGCAGCUGCAGGACACUUCAUGGUCGCUGCCACAGGUACAGCUGCUGGGGGAGGCGGGGGCCUGAUCUUAGCCAGCCCCAAACUGGGUGCCACCCCAUUACCUCCAGAAUCCACCCCUGCACCUCCCCCUCCCCCUCCCCCUCCUCCCCCGCCAGGGGUGGGCAGUGGCCACUUGAACAUCCCGCUGAUCCUGGAGGAGCUCCGGGUGCUGCAGCAGAGGCAGAUUCAUCAGAUGCAAAUGACCGAGCAAAUCUGCCGCCAGGUGCUGCUGCUUGGCUCCUUGGGCCAGACAGUGGGCACACCUGCCAGUCCCUCCGAGUUACCAGGCACUGGGACUGCUGCUGCCACCAAGCCCCUGCUACCACUCUUCAGCCCCAUCAAGCCUGUCCAAAGCGGCAAGACGCUGGCACCGUCCUCCACCUCCUCCUCCUCUUCGGGCACAGAAACACCCAAGCAGGCUUUCUUCCACCUUUACCAUCCUCUGGGCUCCCAGCAUCCCUUCUCUGCAGCUGGGACUGGGCGCAGCCACAAACCCACUCCAGCCCCCACCCCAGCUCUGUCAGGCAGCACUGACCAGCUGAUUGCCUCGCCUCACCUGGCAUUCCCUGGCACCACCGGACUCCUGGCGGCACAGUGCCUUGGGGCUGCCCGCGGGCUCGAGGCUGCUGCCUCCCCAGGGCUCCUGAAGCCAAAGAAUGGGAGUGGUGAGCUGGGGUACGGGGAAGUGCUGGGGCCCUUGGAGAAGCCAGGUGGGCGGCACAAAUGCCGCUUCUGUGCCAAAGUGUUUGGCAGUGACAGCGCCCUGCAGAUCCACCUGCGAUCCCACACAGGGGAAAGGCCCUAUAAAUGCAACGUCUGUGGCAAUCGCUUCACCACCCGUGGUAACCUCAAGGUGCAUUUCCACCGGCACCGGGAGAAGUACCCACACGUGCAGAUGAAUCCUCACCCGGUGCCCGAGCACCUGGAUUAUGUCAUCACCAGCAGCGGCCUGCCCUACGGUAUGUCGGUGCCACCCGAGAAGGCCGAGGAGGAGGCGGCCAUGCCCGGCGGAGGUGUGGAACGCAAGCCCCUGGUGGCUGCUACCACAGCUCUCAGUGCCACUGAGAGCCUGACGCUCCUGUCCACCGCUGCAGGCCCAGCCGCCACGGCGCCUGCGCUCCCUGCCUUCAAUAAGUUUGUGCUUAUGAAAGCGGUCGAGCCCAAGAAUAAAGCGGAUGAGAACACCCCUCCAGGGAGCGAGGGCUCUGCCAUCUCUGGGGUCGGGGAAAGUGGCACAGCCACCCGCAUGCAGCUCAGCAAGCUGGUGACUUCGCUGCCGAGCUGGGCCCUGCUUACCAAUCACUUCAAGUCCACCGGUAGCUUCCCCUUCCCCUAUGUGCUGGAGCCCCUGGGGGCCUCCCCCUCUGAGACCUCCAAGCUGCAGCAGCUAGUAGAAAAGAUUGACCGCCAAGGCGCUGUGGCUGUGGCCUCUACUGCUUCUGGAGCCCCCACCACCUCGGCCCCUGCAGCGUCCUCUUCAGCCUCCUCCGGACCUAACCAAUGCGUCAUCUGCCUGCGGGUGCUCAGCUGCCCCCGUGCCCUGCGCCUGCACUACGGCCAACAUGGAGGUGAGCGGCCCUUCAAAUGCAAAGUGUGCGGCCGCGCUUUCUCCACCCGUGGCAAUCUGCGAGCACAUUUCGUGGGCCACAAGGCCAGUCCGGCAGCCCGGGCCCAGAACUCCUGCCCCAUUUGUCAGAAGAAGUUCACCAAUGCUGUCACUCUGCAGCAGCACGUUCGAAUGCAUCUGGGAGGUCAGAUACCCAACGGGGGCACGGCGCUGCCUGAAGGUGGGGGAGCUGCCCCAGAGAACAGCUCCGAGCAGUCCACUGUCUCCGGGACUGGAAGCUUUCCCCAGCAGCCUUCCCAGCAGCCGUCCCCAGAGGAGGAGUUAUCAGAAGAGGAUGAGGACGAGGACGAGGAUGAAGAAGAUGUGACUGAUGAAGAUUCCCUGGCUGGCAGAGGCUCGGAGAGUGGAGGGGAGAAGGCUAUCUCUGUGCGGGGUGACUCGGAGGAGGCAUCCGGGGCGGAGGAGGAAGUGUCUUCCGUGGUGGCAGCCCCGGCCGAGAAGGAGAUGGAUGGGAACGAGAAAGCGCCUCUGCAGCCUGCCCUGACCGCCCCUGCAGCGCCGCCCAACAGCCUGGAUCAAGUCCAGUCCAUGGAGCAGGGAGGCAAUGAUGUUGUCACAGCCGGAGGCUCAGAAGAGGGGGCCAAACCCGAGAGGGGCUCCAGCCCCGUGGUUCUGGCCCUGGAGGGGGAGGGCAGUAGCCCCAUCCUGGUGGAGGAGCUGAGCGUGCAGGAAGGCCUGAGAAAGGAGCCCGGGGAGAGCAGUGGCAGGAAGGGCUGUGAGGUGUGCGGCCAGGCCUUUGCCUCCCAGACGGCUCUGGAGGAGCAUCAGAAGACCCACCCCAAGGAGGGGCCACUCUUCACGUGUGUCUUCUGCAGGCAGGGCUUCCUUGAGCGGGCUUCCCUCAAGAAGCAUAUGCUGCUGGCUCACCACCAGGUACAGCCCUUUGCUCCUCAUGGUCCUCAGAAUAUUGCUGCUCUGUCCCUGGUUCCUGGCUGCUCGCCCUCCAUCCCUUCCCCAGGGCUCUCCCCCUUCCCCCGCAAAGAUGAUCCCACAAUCCCAUGAGCCUGUGCACCCAGACCUGCUGCCCUUUGACCAGGGAGCAGGAUCCCAGAGCUCUGUAGAAGGAACCUGAAGAUUGAUGAGCCCUAACCUUCCCCAUUUCCUAGUGUCCCCAGGGAAAUCACUGUGCUCCCAGGUGGGAUGGGGGGGAGGGUCCUCUCGAGGAACUUUUCUUCACUCUUCAUUAUACCUGAGGAAAAUAGAUUCUCUCCCCUUAUCUCAUUCCCUAUGGGAACCCUCUGCAGAUUUCCCUGGAUGACCAAUCUCCCCUCUCCCUUCUUCCUCUCCCUUGCCUGCUGGCAGGUGCGCCUAAUGCACCCACAUUUGAAGUGACAGUUCAGCCCCCAGGGGCUGGCAACUGGUCCUGGAGGACCCCAGGAAGUCCUCUCUGGUGACCAGGUCAGCAACCUGAAGGACUUCUUGUCCCACAACAUUCCUGUGUGGUGGCGGAGUGUGUACCCUAUCUUUCUAAAACCAGUACAUGGUUUUCCUAUCAGGUGACUUGCCCACUAAAUCCCGGAGGUCUAGCCCCAUUUUCACCAUCACUUUGGGCUGACCAGUACUGGUACCUCUGACCUUGGAACUCAGACUGGGAGGUUCAUCUGACAAUGCUAUCUAGAGAGGCCAAGGAGAAGAAUGCUCCCCACUUUCUUCAAGCUGACCUCCUGCACCUGAGGCCAUGCCUGAGAAGCCCAAUAUAGAACAGAAGUGAAGUAGCAAAUUCUAGAUGCCUCCUUCUUCCCUCUGCUCGAGAAGGUGCCAGCACUAAAGAGGUCGCAGUAUUUGUGUUUGGUGGCUCAGCACUGGUGGACAGGGAGAGAAGUGCAUAAGACACUCUUUCCAGUAAAUUAUUUGAUAGUCAUAUUGAGGGAAAGUGUUAGCUGCUUGAUAUGCCAAGACAUCUCCAGCUUCUCAUAUUUGUUCAUCAUGGCCUUUCAGCAUGAGGAAGCAAGCAGAUUUCUUGCCAAGAAGUCUUCCAGGGGCUAUCUUGGGAAACAUGAAGUUAUUCGAUAUCUUGAAUGAGCAUCUGUCGGGAAGGGUAAUUGAAGGAGUACUGUUGGAGAGUUCAGGAGUGUUGGUGAUGCAAAGGGCUUGCUCAGAAUAUAUGGAUGAUUAAGAAAGGGACAUGCUGUAUGGGAGGGACUUUGACUUCUUGAUUGGAUGGAUGUUAUGUUUGUUCUCUUGGACUAAUAGUGACUUUUAGUGUGCAGCAAUGCACCAUGGAUCAUGGAGAAUUCCCUAGCACUAGUAUGCUUAUAGUUGUAGAUAUCCCCUGCCUUCAUUCCCUAGUCCCUUCUGUUUUCCCCCUCUUCCUCUCUUAAUGCCAGUUUCCUCCCCAUUUUACCUAUUCAUGGACCGGGGCUUAAGCCUUUGCCACUGUCUGAUCCUUAGCAUCCCAGACUUUGGGAGAUGUGAUCAUGGUGGUGUCCUUCCUGCCUCACUGUCUUGUAAUGAGAUGUAGUAUUUACUCUUAACAUAGAACUGUUCGGAACAGGAGUUCUGAGGAGAAGGCGGUGAAGGUUCUGCUUUUGAUUGAUUUGAAUGAUGGCUUCUCCUCGAAAGGUUAGGCUCCAGGGCUCCUAACAUAGUAAGAUGUAAAAGAGCAGACAAGGGAGAUAUUAGUGUCUUCCCCUCUUCAUUAAAGGUGUUUUAACCAAA